CUCAGCAUGAAUCUGUCUGAGGGGAUAAUUCUCAAGGGAGUGGUGUCGUUGGACCCUUUGACCUUUGACAAGGUGAUAUCGAGUAAUCAGCAUCAUGUCCUUGUACGUUUCGAUGCGGAGGCGACUGAUGGGGCCAACGAGAUCCUGUUUGGAGAAAUCGCUCAAGCUUCUGCUAAGGGCAAGAAUCUAUUGACCGCUGAAGUUAAACUCGAGAAAGAAGGCAGGUCCCCUGAGUUGCUGGAAUUGGCUAAGAGCUAUAAUGCCGAAAACGUACCCGUUUUUAUCCUCUUCUUUGACGGUAAGGAGGUAUCGAGGUAUAGAGAUGGGAACACCUUAACGGAUAAGACCAAAUUGAUUGAGUGGCUCACGAAUAACGGUAUAGAACUGACGGUGAUGGGGGCUACUCUACCUUACUUCAAUCGGCUUUUUGGUGAGUACUUCUCCAGCCAAUCGAGCGAUAAAAGAGCUGAGCUGUUGAAAAAAGCACAAGAAGCCGCAUUAUCCGACGAGUUCAAAGAGCAUGACCUGGUCAAGUUUUUCCCGACGAUUCUCGAGAAGGCCUCUGUGAAGGGAGACGACUACUGCUCCAAGGAGAUCGAAAGGGUCUCCUCCAUGCUGGAGAAAAAGAAGGAUUCCAUCAACAAAGACAAACGCGCUGAAAUGACGAAGAAGUUGAAAGUACUGGAGGUCUGUAAGGAGGCGGUGGAAAAUGCUUCUAAGGCCAGUGAGGAACUGUGAUCGUCAAAUCAUGAUGGCUGACUCGGCAUACAUGAUGCCUUUGUUGCAAUCAUAGUGUGGACCGUCGCUUGAGGGAAUUUCGCCGCCCCCUUAUUUUUUAUAGUUUCAUUCGACCUCGACAGGUUAUAUUACAUCGAGUUAUUAUCCAC